UAUCACUUUCACAGCACCUGUGCGCUUAGCAGUGGGACAAAAUGUACAUAGAGUACGUAGAACUUGCAUCUAUCUGUGUUGCCAUUUUUUUAACACUCAUAGCUCUAGUGGUUUCAUACAAUUAUACUCUUCGUGCGAUGGAAAUCGGAAAGGGGAAGAAAACGAAGGAACCCAGAGAAGCAAACGCUAUGAUGGCGAAGAACCCUUCGGACAGAUCGGACGAGACUGUCACUUCCAUGCACGACGCCGAACCAGAGCCACCAAUGGAUCCACUAGAAUUUUGUGAACAUAUCCAUGGUGAAGUGAAGAGAGUCCAGAAUAAAGUGACUACGCGGAAAAUUGAAGAGAAAAUGACAGCUGAGCAGAUACAGGAGGAAAAAGACAUGCAGCGGAAACAGUUAGAGGCUAUUUUUAACAUGAUGAAAGACCAAAACGAAAAGUUUGGAGUAGACAGCAUGGAUGAUGUUAAGCAACAAAUGAAACUGUAUGCCUAGCUAGAUGAGCAGGACAAUGUAGACAACCUUUAUACUGUAAGAGGGGCAAAUCUCACUUCAGUUCAUCGCUACUGAUCUGAUCAUUUUUCAUUAACACUCUACUUAAUCACUCUGUUUUUUCAGAUAUCAGUGGAUUGAAUUGUUGAAUAUCAGAAGCACGUCCAGUGAUCCGAGCAUCAUGAUCAUAUCUUUACAUUAUGUGAUAUCAUAAAAUGUGAUAGUUCUGUAGUAGAUGCCCUCUGACAAUCAUUCUGUACCAGUGUCUCUUUUACCCACACUUACUGUGACUAGUCUACUCUUUCUGUGUCAUUUAGUUUUAAUUCCUGGGUGUGGUAUAAUUCUAUUCAUUGAGUGAAGCUGGUAUCGUUACUGCAUUUUACUCAUUCACUGAUGGACAAAUGCAACAUUCUUCCUGACUUCUAAAAUUUUACUUUUAAUAUAUAAUUUUUUUAAAUAAACAUGUUCUUGUACAGAAAAUGCUAAUGCACUGCACUUGCCAGAAAGUCAUACUGCCUCCCAAUGAGGACCCAUCAAACACCCAGAAGUAGAACAGUGACAUUGUAUUGAAGUCAGAUGUUGAUUUCCCAGCUGUUCAUGAUGAUGUCACAGUGUCACAACAGAAUGGAGUUACAGUGCAAACUCGUACAAUGUAACAUUGUAGAUGUUGUGCCACAAUCAUCUUUUGAUGUUAUCAUGGUUUGGGGUUCUGCUUCACUCUAGUGCAGCCCCGAGCUCCUGGCAAAAUAUGCUGCCACCUCUUUGCUCACAUAUUAGGGUUCGGAGCAGUAUUUGCAUUACAUGGCAUAGUCAGUGAUUGAGAACAGAAUAAUUCAGUGUUACUUGAACAGGUAUCUCUUUGCAGUGUGUGUGAGUAAAAAUCUUAGGUGUCAGAAAUUAAACCUUAUGUCACAUGUUAAAACCAGUUUCAUAAUACCAUUCAUGUUUUCAAUCAAAAGGAAACCUGAGGAUUGUUGAAGUGUGGUCUUGAUUUACAAGAGCAACUACCUAAUCUCCCACUGCUCCAUGUAAACGUAUACUUGUACAGGUGUUUUGUCAUUGAUUUUGUUAGAUGCGUAAAUGGUCAUAUAAAAUAGUACAUGGUCAAAGAAAUGUUUUCAUUGUACCCUGACCCAUGCAAAUCUCUUCAUGAGAGCAGACUUUCUCUCAGGUUAUAUUCUUUUUUUAAAUCAAAAGUAGAUUGUAGGAGUUCAGUUUGUUAUGGAAACGUUCUAUGUACAGUUCAUAUAUAUCAGGUUAUUCAUUCUAAAGUUUGUUGUGAAUUAUGUAUUAAAGAUUUAAAUUUUACUAUUUACAUUAAACUAUUGUCUUAACCAUGUGAAUAUGUUGUCCUCUUCU